AGAAACAUAUUCAUACUACGAAGUACUUACAAUCCACUGAAGUACCUAACAUGCAAUGAUGUGAAUUCCCUAAGCUUUAAUAAUUAUUCCCCAUGAUGCGCUAAGAACUAAUAACGUGUGAUCCUUUGUGGUACUGUAUUAGUUCGCUUUCUGUGCGAAAGAAACGCAGCUUCUCUUAUACGUAAUCCGCCUUUCCUGAGACUGCUAUAACUAAGUACUGUGUUCUGUUCCGUUAAGCUUUUACUGGUGUAAUAUGCGCUCAGGAGCUGUCAUACUAAUUCUCCUAAUACUGACAUCGUGCUGUACUGAUCGCAAUCUGCACUACGUCCGUGCUCUUCACCUGCAACGGCGUGGUCACGAAAGAGACGGCAGUUUCGACGGUUUCAAUCACUUCGGUGGCUUGGCUGUGCAGUCUACGUGCUGGAUUUACGAGGAUGCUGUUUUUCCCAAUAAAACACUGGCCAACCGAAUGAUCGUCGGAAAAGGAUGGUGCAUCCCCCACAGUGAAAUUACAGCCUGCGAAGCGCUCAACUUGACGCAUACGCACUCCAACAUCCGCUGCGAAGUCUGCGAUGUCCGCGCGCAGUCCUGCUGCUACGCCCCCUUCGGCACGCGAUCAUUGGCAGCAUUUCUGCUGACACGAGCUGAGGAAGAGCCGCCGGAGAACUGUUGUCAACCGUCACCGGGACCUCCAACUCUCCCGACGUUCCCGACGCUAACUCCUCCCACCGACAAACCGGCGACGUCCACUCCGGUAACUGUCACCUCGAGCGUCUCUCCCAAGACAACGACCACGCCACCGGUAACCGCGUCGUCCACCACGCCGUCCCUGCCAACCUCCACCGGGACACCCGCAACGAAGCCCACCACCCCGCCACCGGUGCCCCAUCGACACCGUCGGCCCCACCACCCACGGUCACGUUUGCGCCCACCACGAGCGAGGGCUACACCACCGCUGUUCCGCCACCGGCCCCAACGCCCUCCGGUAACGACACUAGGCCCUGCAACGACACCCUCCCGAAUCCUCGGUUGCCGUUACCACCCAACUGCGGGAUGGCGCUGGACCCGCAGUACAAUACCAAUGGACUGUGUUUCCUUGUAGACCUCGGUCUCUACCGUCCGGCGUCCUGCAAUUCAGACAAGCGGGCUUCUUGGGCAAGCGAUGGCCAUCAUGUGGGUGUCAUUUUCAACGCCACCAUGGUCUUAACGGUGUCCGGCAACGGGAUAAUGCGCGACGAAAACACGCGGAAUGCCGUGAUGGACGUCGCCGUGAGAUACCCCUUUAAGCCUCGUGAUUCCGAUAAAGACAUCAACGCCCAGGAUCACUACAUCCCGGUGAAGCGGUUCUUCUUCCAGGACGACGACUUUCGCAUGAGCGAUCGAGCGGCCGAGCGGCGUCUCGUGCUCCUGCAGCUGGAGGAGCCCAUCGACAUGCGGCGCGCCUGCCCGGUGUGUUUCUCCGAUCCGCGCAAGGACACUGCGCUCUCCGAUGGCAGCCGCUAUAUGGACAACGAGUACACCGGGUUGUGUGAGCUGUACGGACACUCCAAGAGCGUCUGGGCGUAUGACUGGGUCAUAGGGGAUGAGGCCUACGUAGAUUUUGCCAAAAUCCCGACCCACAUACCGCAGCUGCCAUGGGACAUCCGCUCGUGCGUCAGCAAAUACACGGAGGGCAUCAAACAACAGUACCAGCCUCCACGCUAUCUCCGCGGACCAUCCCUGACGGGCUUCUGUGCCGGGGCACCCCUCCGAGCAACGGCGUGCAUGUUUGGCAUUGGCACUCCAUUGAUGUGUCGCGACAACACAACGGCUGGAUUCAGACUGACUGGUCUGCAGGUCGAUACGGAAUGCCGCGAAAAUAAAGCUUACGGAGCCAUUAUCGAAGAUGUUAUCGAUACAGCCACGCUUCGCUGGCUGCAGAUGGUCACCGAGUAUGGCAAUGCCACCAGCACGCCGAAGACACCCUGCACCUAAGCGGCUAAAAACAAGCCUACAAAUGGGGCUUUUCCUCCUGGCUAUCUACCGUACAAGGUGCCCAUUCGUGCUCAAAAACAUCCUGGCUGUUAACUGGCCUCUACAGUUACGAUGUCGUAUCACGAAGUACUCUGUACUCUGUAGUACCGCUGAUUGUUAUUAAACCUUACAGCCGUACUUAUACCGUUAUCGGUUAUUGCGGCUUCCCACUAAUGAUCGGUUGUGGGAAUGGGCACGUGCUCCACUACAUUCAACUGCCAUCAGUCCUAAUGUGUCUUGUGUUUGCAAUUAGCAUGGACUGCUCUGCAUGACAUUGUAUUUUGACCACUGAAAAAGACUACAGAACCCUGUGGAAGAAAGAUAUGUACGGGCCUGCGACGCACAGUAAUUAAUUGUCCAAGAUUAUUAACUUCGAGCGCUAACCAACAGAUUAAAUGUCGCGAAAUCG